GGAUAACCAGGUUCUAGCUCUUUUUUACUCCCAUUUUAGCUUCGUCCCAAGAAGGGGCUCAUGGCGGGGGGUAUGUACACCAAGAUGACGUCUACGGGCUCGUCACUCAUCGUGAACCCGCGGACGAUAUCCAAGGAGCUGGAAGCCAAGAUCGCGGCAGCUAUUGCGGGCGUGAUCGCGUCCCAUGACGUAUCUAAACUGACUACGAAGCUGGUGCGCCAGGCUGUGGAGAAGGAGGUGCGAGUGAGUCUCACGAAUCACAAGGAGGUGCUCAAGCGACUCAUGCACCAAGAACUUCGCAAACUCAAGGCCAAGAAAGUAGCCAAACGCGCAGCCCCGGAACCCUGGAAAAUCGCUAUGAGACGCGAGAGCAUCGUCAAAGGCCUCAACCGUGUCUACCAACUGGUGCGAGAAUCCGGGAGUUUCCCAGGCUGGGGAUUGCACGCUAUCCAGUCGCUUUACGAUCUGCAGGCAAUAGAGGAUGGAGAGAUAUUGCGUCUGGCCACACUCUACGCUAGACUCAUUGGCGCCUUGUGGCUUAAGGAGGACCGCCAAGCUGACUGGGCCGUCGGCUCCAUUCCCACGCCCACGCAACUCGUCAAUGCUAUUACUGCUGUUUUCCUCGUGGAGCGCCUGGGAAUCUCCCAUUCAAGACGUGUCGAGCUGUUGGAUUUUUGCGAUCGUUCGCCUGCUGUCUAUGGAGCCAAGGAACUUCUCGGUUGGAACCCCGCAGAGAGCUCUCCGCCGAUAGAUAACAUGAACGGAAGCUCGAUAUAUGAACAACUGACAAGUGCGCUCGUUCUGUGGCAUCACUCGAACGCGCUUGGGAUCUCGAUCGGAUUCACCUUGCCGCACCUAUUGCAACAUUUGCUGUUAGUGUACCCAUACAAGGGCCCUGGUGAUCUUUCUCCCCAAGAAUAUGAAGAUCAAGUGCACUUGGUCACAACCCUGGUAUUUGUCCUUACAAACCAUGGACGGCUCCGCUGCGAGACGAACCUCCUUCCUCAUGAGUAUUUCUUCCUGCGCCAUCAUAUUGUCUAUCAUCUGACGCAGCAAAAUGCCGCUUUGCUCGGUGAAUCGUUGCGGGCGUUGAGAUGCUUUGAAGGCUCAGCUAAUCUGGUACAGAUGCGCCGAGGAAUGGCCUACUUGUUGUUAACGCAACGUGAAGAUGGAUCCUGGGUUAACGAAUCUUUACAAAAUGACCCCAACCAGCGCUACUUCUCCACUAUGCAAGCAUUAUGGGCACUGUGCGAGCCUCGCCGCGUGGGAUUUGCUCCUGCUUUUCCGGAAGCCACCCCGAUCCUGGAACUCCACUUGAAUGCGGACAUUGAGGUUCCUGAUGUGAGUGAUAUGAAGAAUAUGUGCGCUGUUUCCCUAUUCUGACGUGUUGUCGACUACCAUUGGUUAUACAGGAGGCUUCUGCGGAGAACACUAAGAGUACUGCGACUGAUGCCAAGGAUGCAAGUGCCGAUUCUGAAGUGGCAGCGGCAACGGCGGGUGCUCCAUCCGAAAACGAAGACGUGGCAACGCGUGUAGCCUUCUUACAAGGUUUACUGGACCAGAACGGAAACGUGAAAAACGUUUCAGCUGCCUUGGCCACACAUGUGUUGAGCACUCUCGCAGAUAUGGUGCUUACUGUUGAUAUUCUCAAGAGCACGGGUGUGGGACGUACUAUUAACAAGCUACGCAAACACGCCACCGCCUCAGUAGCCAAAGCUGCCACACAACUGGUGGCAAAAUGGAAAAAGGACUUGCUCUAGGCAUACGUUGACGCAAUAUCACUCACUGUUACGAACAUAUUCAUUGCCGAAAUAAUAUCUUGAUGUGGUUAGCUGACUUUCCAUCGUCAUAUUACCAGGGACUGAUAUCUGCCAGCACUUUUUUAGCUGCUUUCCACGCUGAAUUUGACGGGGUUUCAGGCUGUUCUGCUUCGUCGAAGGAUCCGUAAUGCUCGUCCCCUUCAGAAAUCAACGACUCUUCCAGCUCGUAUGGUGCGUGUCCAGAGCGUGGAGAGUAAUCACUGUAAGACGACUCGGAAUAUCUGUCUGCCCACGAUGAACCACUCGAUCGACCUCGAUCUUCCAACUCUUCUCUACGGCGAUCCAACUUGUCUCGAGAUUUCUUACCCAGAGAUGACCUUCGCCGAGCCACCGAAGCAGGAGAUAACCGUCUGUCUCGAGGUCGAUUUGCCACAAAAUAUACCGAAAACAGGAAGCAACUCAUGGCAACGCCAAACGCAACCACCAACUCC